AUGUCGCGUCGUUGCUCCGUAUUUUUGCUAAUCACGUUCCUGUUCGCUAGCGGCUGCGGUGUAUCGUAUGCACAAAGGGGUAAUAUUAUAACGGAUUUUUUCGAGUUUUUGCGACGUGGCCAAAAUGAUUUGAAUAUCGAGCAUGUGGAUGAUGGUGUGAGGUUACUAAAAGAGUAUGAUUUCAUAGUGGUCGGCGCGGGCACUGCGGGUUGUGCGCUAGCGGCGAGGCUCUCGGAAAAUUCUGCUUGGAAAGUGCUGCUAAUCGAAGCAGGUGGCCCGGAAAAUAUGGCCAUGGAUAUACCAAUACUUGCCCAUUUCCUACAACUCACCGAAAUCAAUUGGAAUUACCGGACGCAGCCGUCGAGUAAAUAUUGCCUCGCCAUGAAUAAUCAUCGCUGCAAUUGGCCCCGAGGCAAAGUCAUGGGCGGGUCGUCGGUACUCAACUAUAUGAUGUACACCCGCGGCAAUCGACGCGACUACGAUCGCUGGGCCGAGAUGGGCAACGAGGGCUGGAGUUACAGCGACGUUUUGCCUUACUUCAAGAAGUUCGAAGGAUCUACAAUCCCCAACGCCGAAAGCGACUAUGUAGGCCGUCAUGGGCCGGUCAAAAUUUCCCAUGCUGAUUGGCGUUCCGGCAUCUCCGAUGCUUUCAUAAAGGCCGCACAGCAGGAUGGAUUGAUGUACCGCGACUACAAUGGUCGCAUACAAACGGGCGUGUCAUACCUGCAGUCCACCACAUACAAAGGCAUGCGUUGGAGCUCCAAUCGCGCCUAUCUCUAUCCCAUCAAAGGCAGGCGCCCCAAUCUGUAUGUGAAAAAGAAUGCGCUGGUGACAAAAGUUUUAAUUAAUCCGACGACAAAGACCACAUACGGCGUAGUGCUGAGCACUGGCGGUCAAUCGUUUCAGGUGCGCGCACGCCGUGAAGUAAUUCUGUCGGCGGGUGCUAUCAAUUCGCCGCAGCUGCUCAUGAUAUCCGGCAUUGGGCCCGCACAGCACUUGCGUGAUAUGGGAAUCAAGCCAAUCGCGGACUUGGCCGUCGGUUUCAAUCUGCAGGACCACAUUGCACCAGCCGUUUCAUUUACCACCAACGUCAGCUCAAUUAAAACCGCAGACUACUUCGAAACACGAAACAUAAUGCAGUAUGUUGAAGGAAAAGGACUUUUCGGUCUGCCCGGUGCUGUGGAAACGAUCGCCUUUUGGGAUCUGAGCCACCCUGAACUGGAGGAUGGUUGGCCAGAUUUGGAAAUGUUUCAAUUAGGCGGCUCCUUCGAUGAGAAUCCAGCAACGCUGCGUGCUUUCGGCCUACAGCCGGACACCUACAAUACCAUGUUCGCAAAUGUCAAAACAGACGGUUUUAUCCUAUUUCCUAUGAUGCUACGGCCUAAGAGCCGCGGACGUAUAAUGCUCAAGAGCAGUGAUCCCUUCAAGUACCCGCUUAUGCAUGCAAACUACUUCGCACAUCCCGAUGAUUUGGAUAUCGCUGUGCGGGGUGUGCUCAAGUCCAUCGACUUGGUGGAGCGACCUGCUUUUAAGGCGAUCAACGCAAAAGUGUUGGAGCGCGUUAUGCCCGGCUGCGCUAAUCUGCCGUACAAGUCCCGCGCUUACUGGGAGUGCUACGUACGCCAUUUCACAUUUACCAUCUACCACUACUCAGGCACAACCAAGAUGGGACCGCGCAGUGAUCCAGCUGCUGUGGUGGAUGCGCGGCUGAGGGUGUACGGAGUGAAGAACUUGCGUGUAGUGGAUGCGAGCAUUAUGCCGGAGAUAAUUGCUGGACAUCCAAAUGGGCCGGUAUUUAUGAUUGCCGAAAAGGCGGCGGACAUGAUCAAGCAGGAUCAUAACUACGUUUAG